UCAAUGACCAACAAGUGCUAGUGUGCACUAAAAGCUUUGGUAAAGACUCGCGCCCAGAAGUACAAAAUCUUGAGUCUUGGUAUGCUACUCCCAAGCAAGACGUUGGUUCCAUACCAACAGACAAACUUAUGUGUUUAGCAUAUGACAUUGGUGAAAAGUGGAAGAUUGUGGGAAGAGCUUUGGGGCUGCAUGAAGCAGACUUGGACGAAAUUGAAAUAGAUCAAGACCAAUUGUAUGAACGCUGCUAUGCAGUCUUGAGACGGUGGACGGAGAUUCAUGGCUCGUCUGCAAAUUACGAAGCUCUAAGUUCUGCGUUAACMCAUCCCGCGGUCGAGAUGUCGGAUCUUGCGUGGAAAUAUUGUGGUUCUGUUGGGAUGGAUAAUCCGGAAAUCAUAUCAAAAGAACCUGAAGUUUUCAUAUCUUAUCAAUGGGAUAUACAAAGCACCGCUCUGGAACUGUCAUCUCUACUGAAGGAAAAUGGAUUCAGCUGCUGGGUUGAUAUCGGUCAAAUGGGAGGUGGAGACUCGCUGUAUGCAGAGUUAGAUAAGGGAAUCAGAUCUGCUAAGGUCGUUCUUUCAUGUGUGACUGACAGAUACUGUAAAUCAGAAAACUGUCAACGCGAAGCAACGUUAGCAGAUUCCAUCAAGAAACCCAUAAUUCCCUUGUUACUAGAGCCCAUUCCCUGGCCGCCAGCAGGACAGCUUGGCCUGAUUUUUGCCAAACUCCUGUACAUUGACAUGACACAGGGAUACCAAGCAAAAAUGGAUGAAUUAGUUCGAAAGAUUAAAGUACACACGUCGAMAUAGUUUUAAUGGUUUUUAGAAUAAUUAGUACCCACUCGUCAGGCGUCUGCCAAUAGUUAAAUGUGAUAAURAAUUUUAUUAGUCUGUUAGGAUAUUGAACAUAUCCAUGCAUGCGAUCAACGUGRUGGUGUGCGGGCGCAUUUUGGUAAAUUAAUAGCUUUUUUAACGUACUUGGGUCUGUUGUAUGAACCGUKAUUAUCGGACAGAUCCUUAUGCAGGAUAACGUUAGACAACUUAAUCUCAUCCUUCAUGCAACAGGCCACUGGAUGUGUUUCAAUUAAUUGAUUAAGUCAUCUUAUAAGAUUAUAUAUAUUGAUGUAAAUGACUACAUUGGUGAACAAAAAAGGACAAAAAAAACAAUAAAAUAGCAUACUAGUUAUGA